AUGUACCGAUUCGAUUCGACCCGAGAAAAUUUAUUUUCAAUUCGAUUCGGUCCGAUUCGACUCUGGUUUUUAAAAUUAGGAUUCGAUCCGAUUCGAUUCGGUCUAUCUACUAAAAAUCCAGUUCGGUUCGAUUCGAUUCGAUCGAAUCGAAUGGAUUCGGGUCGAAUAAUUCGAUUUAUUGGAAUCAGUUGUUCAGUCGUUCAAGAUCACGAAGAAAUUAUUGAUGGGCAAAGAAAAGCAACGACUGAUUAUGGAUUUGAAUCUUCAAUGUUUGAAACAGUUGUGCACGUUAUUGAAACCAUUCAAGCAAAUCAUGAUCUGUGUGCAAAAAGAUCAUUGAAAAAGCUGCCCGAUCACCUUAAAGAUCAAUCCCACAAACAUGUUCGUCAAGAAGUUAGAAGGAUUCGUGCGCAACUGGAGGUUCUUGAACAGAACCAAAAGCAUUCGCUUGAACCACCUAGCAAACGAAUGAAGAACCAGACCAGUUUCUUCGCACGUUUCGAAUCUGGAAACUUGAGUGAAGAAGCAAACGAGGCCGGUGAAAGUGGGAAUGAAAGCGAGGAAUUUGAAUUUGAUUUCAAAAAAGGUGAUGAAUUGGAUCGAUACUUGUUACUGGAAUUAGAUCAAAAUCAAAAGACCGAUCCCUUGGAAUUCUGGAAGAAUCAUCAAUUGAGAUUUCCCUGUCUUUCUCGACACGCCCGAGCAAUCUUCUCUAUUCCAGCAACGACCACGAACGUGGAAAGAGAAUUUUCAGCGGUUGGAUUUUGA